CUUUGACCAGCGACAGAAGAAUGUGCAGUAGCAUAUAUGGCAACCUAUAAAGCGGCUGGCUCCCUUGUGCUCGAGAGUACUAUCGUUACUUUUAAUGUAUGGAGUUUCCUGAGCAUAGGGUGAGAUUUGAGGUCGCUCUAGCAACCUGGAGAGUUUCGUUACUGCAUGUGUCAAAAACCACUAGAAUCUCCAAUGUCUUCGGGGAUUCUUCAUAUCGUCGACUCUCGGACGAAGCAGAAGUACGAAAUUCCGAUCAGGCAAAAUGUGGUUUCUGCCAUUGACCUCAAGAAGAUCACGGCACCAGCAACUGAUAUAAACCGAGCAGAUCAUGUGGCUGGUGGGCUGCGGGUACACGACCCAGGGCUUCAGAAUACAGCGGUGAUAGAGUCAGCUAUAAGUUAUUCGGAUCAUGAAAGAGGUGUACUUCUCUUUCGCGGUUACACAUUGGCCCAACUAUGGGACAGCGACUUCGAGGACAUGUUACAUCUACUCGUUUGGGGCACAUAUCCAACAAUGCAGCAAAAGAGGGACUUAAACAGAAAGCUUACAGAGCAGAUGCUGGCUGUUCCAGAAAGUGUGCAUCGGACAAUUCGAGGACUUCCCCGCACAACGUCUCCAUUGCCACUGAUCUUGGCUGGGCUCUCGGCAUAUCUGGCGUGCUUCCCAGACACAAUUCCCGCAUCAACACAUGCGAGUCUAUACCAAGGAAACGUGCGUAAUGUCGACGAUGCGGUUAUCCGAACUGUAGCGGCAUAUGGUGUUAUCUUUGGUCUGGUAAAUAGCCAUCGGAAGGGCAUUGAGUUCCAACUGCCAUCGCCGGAGAAUGGCUACCGUGCGAAUUUAUUCACUAUGGCAGGGUUGGUGGAUCGGGAUUCGAGUCGCCCAGACCCAGUUAAGCUGUCAUGCUUCCGGCGCUUUACCAUGCUGAAUGCCGACCAUGGAAUGGCCCUGACCGUAUUCUCAACACUAGUGACAGCAUCCUCGUUAACGGAUCCUAUUUCCUGCUUGAUCAGUGCGGUGGCAGCCGCAUAUGGGCCCCUUCACUUUGGUGCUACCGUGUCCGCCCAACGUACGCUCCGGGAAAUCGGUAGAACGGACAAGGUUCCCGAGUUUAUCGAAGAGGUUAAAAACGGGCAAAGGAAGCUAUUUGGAUAUGGACAUCGCUUAUACAAAGGCCUUGAUCCCAGGGUUCGCCCAAUUCAGUCAAUCCUGAAGGAUCUGGAAUUAUCAUCGAAUCAGUAUUUGAAAAUAACCGAGCGCAUCGAGGAAGUAGCCUCAGCGGAUGACUACUUCCGCCGCAGAGGACUGUAUCCCAAUGCUGACUUUUACGGUAACUUUGUAUUCACUGCGAUUGGCUUCGACCCAGAUAUUAUACCAGCUGCUAUGUUGGCACAGCGAAUAAUAGGCAUAAUGGCCCAUUGGCGGGAAUACAUGUUGACACGCGGCAAGUUGUUUCGACCAUCGCACAUAUACACAGGUGAGACAGAGGUCAACGAACGAUAUUCAGUUUUUACUACCAGACAGAAGCGGUUGAUUAUUCUCGCAGCAGCCAUAGCGUCGACGUUUUCCCCUAUCUCUGCUAACAUCUACUAUCCAGCCCACAAUUCUAUAGCUGUCGACCUGGAUGUAACCAGUUCCCAAAUCAACCUAACUAUAACUACAUACAUGAUAUGUCAAGGCUUAGCCCCAACCCUCACAGGCUCAUUCGCAGACCAAGCUGGCCGCCGGCCGGCUUACAUCCUCUGCUUUUUGAUUUAUAUAGCAAGCAACGUCGCCCUAGCUCUCCAACAUAGCUAUCCUGCGCUCCUGAUCCUCCGCGCGAUUCAGAGUACCGGCAGCAGUGGCACUGUGGCCUUGGCAUCAGCCGUCGCAGCCGAUGUCAUCACCUCCGCUGAACGGGGAACGUAUAUGAGCAUUACCUCCUUAGGGAACAUCCUUGCGCCAUCACUAGGACCUAUCCUUGGUGGUGCCCUGAGCGAGUAUCUAGGAUGGCAGUCGAUAUUCUGGUUUCUAGCAAUAAAGAUAAACCCCCUAUAUACGCUCUCUCUUCUCUUCCACCUCCCUACAGGCCUCAUCCUCCUGACCAACGGCCUAAUCUUCGCCAGCUACUACGCGAUAACAGCCGGGCUACCUUCCCAGCUCAGGUCAAUCUACGGACUAAGUGACUUGAACAUUGGCUUAAGCUUUAUCCCAAUGGGCGCCGGCACCCUACUGAGUGCAACAUUCAACGGAAUAACCAUUGACUGGAAUUAUAGACGAAUGAUAGCAAAGGACCGACAGGACAUGGAGAACUUCGAAAUUGAGAAAGCCAGACUAGGCGUCGGGGGACCGAUGACUCUCCUAGCCCCCCUCCCAAUCCUAAUAUACGCCAUCACAACACCAACACCCAACCCACCACCCCUCGCCCUAACCCUAACACUUAUAUUUACCAUAUCCUUCACCUUAACAGCCACCUACAACAUCCUAAACAUCCUUCUCGUGGACCUCCACUACACAACACCAGCAACAAUAAUGGCCACGAAUAACCUUGUCCGGUGCUUCCUAGGCGCAGCAGCAACAGCCCUUGUCCAUCCUUGUAUCCAGCACUGGGGUGUUAGGGCAACAUAUUGCGGAACAAUGCUAUGCAUUUUAUUAUAUCUCCUUUGGACUCGGGCGGCAGCUCAAAUAAGCCCUCUUCCUCCAGAUAUUCCGAUGUUGUAUUUGCGGUAUCCUGAUACAUCGUUGAUUUAUCCUGGGGAUACGAUUUUGAAGUCUAGAACGGAAAACCUGCCUAUAAUAAGCGCGCGCGGACUAAAUCCCGAAGUGACAUAUCUGCUACUAUUCUUUGACUUGGACGUUAUCUACGACAUGAAUGCAACAGUCGCAUUACACUGGUACCAGCCCGAUAUGGUUUGCGCUAUGCAGCAAGGCGCUCUGAUGGAUAUAUCCAAUAAUACAGGAAUUUUGGAGAAAAUAGACGGGGAUUCAGGUGGCGGUGUCCUAGUCAACCUGAGCGUGGGAGCCGAAUACAUCGCUCCACGACCGCCACCCUUCUCGCACCAUCGAUAUGUCUACCUCCUGUUUAACCAGAAGACUGAUUACCAGUUCCCGAUGUGUUAUUGCCAUAUCUUCCCGCAGACGGCAGAGGCGAGAGCAGGCUUCGAUAUCCAGCAGUUCGUAGACAUCGCUAGGCUUGAAGCGCCAGCGGCCGGGAACUAUUUCGUUGUGGAGUAUGAUGGGCCCGUGAUAAAACCGACGGCUACGGCUAGCCCGACGACGACGUGGCUAAGGUCUAUGCUGUGCGAUGGUCCUGAUCCCACGGGUUCGCCAGAGGCGAAGGCAUGUGAGAUGGAAGGGAGCCUGCAGGUUGUCAUGUAG